GUGACGUGUCAUGCCGUAACGUACAGCACGCAUAAAGCAACUAUUCCUGUUUUACAAUCGCUCUCCACCAGGUGUAGCAUUUCUCUCAUCGUUUAAAAACAAGAAAUGGACAGUAAAGGGGGAUACCUAGUUAUUUUUUUGCGCCAUCACUGUAAGCGACCGUCACUCUCAAAGUCGCUGUUUACUUCUAAGAUCACUUUAGCACCGCCCUAAAAGCCCGAUUCAAAUUCGACACAAACCUUCAAAUAGUGUGACCUAAGGAUGUCGAUUGUGAAAAGUGGCUUCCUUCAUCGGCAGAGCACUAUUCUGCGGCGGUGGAAGAGAAACUGGUUUGACCUGUGGUCUGAUGGGUGGCUGGUAUUCUUUGAUGACCAGCACCGGUGAGAUAUGGAGGAUGGGAUCCACAUAGUGGACAGCAUUAACAUUCGCAGUGCAACUGCAUGUCAAGAUCUGAACCCACCAGAGGGUAGGAGUCAAAAUGCCCUGCUCCAGAUAGUCUGCAGAGACGGACGGGUCAUCAGCAUUUGUGGAGACAGUGCAGAUGAUGUUUUUGUAUGGACCAUGGCUCUCCAGGAUGCCAGAGUCAGCUCUGUUUAUGUCCCGGACACUUAUGGGGGCUAUGCCCCAGCUCCUCCUCAUGGCACACAGAUCAUUUAUUCAGCAGAUGGGAAGCCUAACGCGGUUGUAUACCCCUAUCAGUACCAAGGAGCAUAUCCUAUGAGGGAUCCACAAGGAAUGGACCAGGUUAUUGUUCACGAGCGUCAACGUGAUGAUGGAGGAGACGUGGCUCUCAGUAUGCUCGCUGGAGCUGUGACUGGAUUGGCUAUUGGGUCUCUGUUUGUCUUCUAGUGUCUUCAUUGGAACAGUUUACAACGAUACCUAUCCCUAACUGACACGCACCAUUCCCACAUUUUUGCAGCACUGCAGCUGCAUUUCUGUAGCCAUGUGACUGAGAUGGAGGAGUUACAUGUAUGUGAUGGUUGGGCUAUGUUCACCUAUGAGGUUUGAUUGUGAUGUGCCAGUAAAUUACUCCUUUUGUGCCCUUACCAAAGCGUUUGAUGUAUAUUAACGCUGUAGCGCUUUCUAUUAGGUACAGUAGCUAUUUUGCAGCUUGCCUUUUGUUUGAAGAAACACAAAUUAUGUGAUAUUUUAUGCACAUCUGAAGAGAAGGUUUUGAUAUAUUUAAACUUAUUUUUAUCCUUUUCAGGUCUCGCAAAUGUAAAUUAUUCUAACUGAUGCCUUAUAUAGUAGAGUGGUCAUUAAGAGUGGGACUAGAGUUUUAUUGGAACAUGCCUGAGCUUGUAAAAUCCUGAUUCUUCACUUUACACAUCUGUCUUAAAUCCAAUGUUCUUUUGAGGCUUUCCACUCAUUUUUCAUCUACUUUGCAUUUGAGAUUUCACUUGCCUUUAUUUGGUUAUUGUCAUUCCUUGAACAUGGAAGGAUAUUUUGGAAGUGAACCUAGGAUUUAUGCUCUAGGAUUAUUGCUUGGUUUUCCUAUUAUUUCAUUGUCAGCUGUUGAACCAUGUCUUUUGUUUUAUCUCACCUCAUGUGAGAGGUGAGGAGGAGAUGCAUGUGUAAACUAGAGUAUGCACAAACAUCCAGGCUAAUCUUACAUUUAAAGCUGCUACAACAGAACUGAAUGAUACUCCUUGACAUUUCAAUUGUUUUGACUUUACGCCACUCCUAAAAUCAUUUUUAAAUAUGUGUCUUUUUUAUGUUAAUGAUAUUUAUUGAGUCAUUACAUUAUGUGCACUUUGUUUAACUGGAUAUGUUAAUUAGGUAACAUGUGUGUGGCCUCUAUUUGUCGCUGAACACAUCAGCCACUGGUUUUUCACCUUUUAUAUUCAAUUUCAAAGUCUUAUUUAACUCUUACACCACUUUGUACAGACAUUUGGAAUACUAGAUUGUGUUUCCUUUUAGACAUGAACAUUGUAUACAAUAAUUGAUAACAGAUUAUAUUUAUUUGAUAUCAAAUGAAGUAGAGCUUUAUGGGGCAAACUGCUUUCAUGUAAUCACAAAACCAUUAUACCUUACAUUUCAAAUGGAAAACAUUUUGUUAUGCAGACUUAAUGCAGUGUUUAUUGCUCUUUAGCGGUUGUGUGACAUUUUAACAAUUUACUUAUUAAAUUAUU